UUAAUUCUGGCUCCGACCAAUGUGGAGGGGGCCUGCCGCGGAGUCAUGGAGCCGAGUGGCCCGAUUGUGGUGGCCGCGGUGAUCGCUGUGUGGGUGGCCCUCAGUGCAAGUCUUAUAAUAUUUAACGCCGAGCUGCUGAGCAGCUUCCGGCAUCCAAUCCUCUUGACUUGCUGGCACCAGUUUGUUAGCGUCGUCCUUAUUCAGUGGCCUGCGGCAAGAUUUCCCUCGCUUGUCUCCACGGGCGACCCCGAGAAGGGGGUUGCUCCGUUAACUCUGUGGUCGGCCGUGAGGCUGGGGCUUCCCGUGGCGCUGUGCCAGAGCAUCGGCCUGGUGUCUGGGAACACGGCGGUGAUGUACUUGAGCGUCGCGUUCUGCCAGAUGAUCAAGGCGUUCACCCCCGCGUUCGUGUACGCCAGCGGCUGCGCCUUCGGCACUCAGCAGUGGUCGGUCCCGAUCGUGAAGUGCCUGUGCGUCAUCACCUUCGGCCUGGCGGUCACCAGCGUAGGCGAGCUGAACUUUCACCUGUUUGGCUUCGUGAUGCAGGUGAUCGCCUUGCUGUCGGAGGGUCUGCGCAUCACCUUCCUGGAGUUGCGCCUGAAGGCUAACGGGCACAAGCUGACGGCGCUAUCCUCAGUGAUGGUGUUCGCCCCGAUGGUCUGCGUGAUGUUGUUCCUCUCGGCCCUACUCUUCGACCAGUCGGCCUUCAACGCGGAGCAGAUUACCAAGAUCGGCGUGGGGGUGUUUUGCGCCAACGCCUUCGUGGCCUUCCUGUUGAACCUCGCGAUCUACCUGGCCAUACAGUGCGCUUCUGGUCUUAUCUUCACGCUGGCGGGGAUCUUGAAGGAUUUCCUGAUCGUUGCUGGGAGCUGCGUGAUCCAAGGCACCCAGAUAUCGACCACCCAGCUCGUCGGGUACACGAUCGCGAUGCUGGGCCUCCAGGCGUACGGCAUGGUCAGCAGGUCGCCCGCGGACUUCGAGGACGGCGUCGUGGUGGCCAUGCUCCGGAAGGCCCUCGAGUGCGAGAAGCAGGUCCGCGAGCCCCUGCGCCCGAGCGCCGCAGGGCCCAGUGGGCCUGGCAGCGGCGGCGAGGACGACGAGGAGUCGAACCAGGGCCCGGCCAAGCCAGUGGCAGACCGGGGCUGCUGA